GGGAGAGGCGGCUCUUCGGAGAGCACCGUCUGUGGGAAAGAAGAGUCUGUCCUCGGUGUCGCUGCUCCUGCGGAUCCUCAGCCAUGUCAUUCUCAGCAGACGAGUUGGCGGAUUUCAAGGAGGCAUUCCUCCUGUUUGACAGGACUGGCAAUUCCAAGAUUACACUCAGCCAGGUUGCAGAUGUCAUGCGUGCUCUCGGCCAGAAUCCAACCAACGCUGAAGUAAAAAAGAUCCUGAACAACCCCAGCACCGAGGAGAUGAACAGUAAAUCCAUUGACUUUGACCAGUUCCUGCCCAUGCUCCAGGCAAUGGCAAACCACAAGGACCAGGGCUCCUAUGAAGACUUUGUUGAGGGUCUGCGUGUCUUUGAUAAAGAGGGCAAUGGCACUGUGAUGGGGGCUGAACUUCGCCACGUGCUGGCCACACUGGGUGAGAGGCUGACAGAGGAGCAGGUAGAACAACUAAUGGCAGGUCAAGAAGAUGCCAACGGCUGCAUUAACUAUGAGGCUUUUGUCAAACACAUCAUGUCCAUUUAAAAUGGAUCCCCAUGAAUUGGUGCCUGUGGUUCUAAAUGGCUGAACAUCUGACAGGGCCAGGACAUUACAUUGUGGAACUUGUGCCUUUCUGACCAAUGCGAGUAAUCUCCUUUUGUUUGGACUGUGCAAGAAUCACUUUUUUUUUACUUGGAUCCAAUGGACUGUAUUUCAAACAACAAAAUGAGGAAGAACAGAAAUAACAUUGAAAUUUGCAGUGACAAACCUGAUGGAUAGAACUACUCAGUUUGUCCAUGAUGUUUGACACAGUUGGAAAGUGCACGUGGCUGUCAACAUCCAAUAAAGUCUCAGUGGCCACUCUGUGGCUGUAUAUCCAGAUUAUACCCCA